AUGUCUGAAAUCACAUUAGGUAGAUACCUCUUCGAGAGAUUGAACCAGCUUCAAGUCCAGACCAUCUUUGGUCUUCCUGGCGACUUCAACUUGUCUCUUUUGGACAAAAUCUAUGAAGUUGACGGCAUGAGAUGGGCUGGUAACGCCAACGAAUUGAACGCCGCCUACGCUGCUGACGGUUACUCCAGAGUGAAAGGUCUUGCCUGUCUUGUCACCACCUUCGGUGUUGGUGAGUUGUCUGCUUUGAACGGUGUUGGUGGUGCUUACGCCGAGCACGUUGGUUUGUUGCACGUUGUCGGUGUGCCAUCGAUCUCGUCUCAGGCCAAGCAGUUGUUGUUGCACCACACCUUGGGUAACGGUGACUUCACUGUGUUCCACAGAAUGUCCAACAACAUCUCCCAAACCACGGCUUUCAUAUCUGACAUCAACUCUGCUCCUGGUGAAAUUGACAGAUGCAUCAGAGAAGCAUGGGUUCACCAGAGACCUGUCUACGUUGGCUUGCCUGCCAACUUGGUCGACUUGACCGUUCCUGCUUCUUUGUUGGAUACCCCCAUCGACUUGUCCUUGAAGAAAAACGACCCAGAUGCACAGGAAGAGGUCAUCGAGACCGUCUUGGACUUGGUUGACAAAUCCAAGAACCCAAUCAUUUUGGUUGAUGCCUGUGCCUCUAGACACAGCUGCAGAGACGAAGUGCGCCGUUUGGUUGACUCCACCAGCUUCCCUGUGUUCGUCACUCCAAUGGGUAAGUCUGCUGUGAACGAAUCCCACCCAAGAUUCGGUGGUGUCUACGUUGGCUCUCUUUCGGAACCAAACGUCAAGGAGGCUGUCGAGAACGCCGACUUAGUCCUUUCCAUCGGUGCCUUGUUAUCCGAUUUCAACACCGGUUCCUUCUCGUACUCUUACAAGACCAAGAACAUUGUCGAGUUCCACUCUGACUACACCAAGAUCAGACAAGCCACGUUCCCAGGUGUCCAGAUGAAGGAGGCCCUCAAUGUCUUGUUGGAGAAGAUCCCAUCGCACGUUGCCAACUAUAAGCCAUUGCCAGUUCCUCAGAGAAGGGUGAUUCCUAGCCCAGGUGACAAGGCCGCUAUUUCCCAAGAAUGGUUGUGGUCUAGAUUGUCCUCCUGGUUCAGGGAGGGCGAUAUCGUCAUUACAGAGACCGGUACCUCUGCAUUUGGCAUUGUUCAGUCAUACUUCCCAGACAACUGUAUUGGUAUUUCCCAGGUGUUGUGGGGAUCCAUUGGUUUCACGGUUGGUGCUACCUUGGGUGCGGUCAUGGCUGCACAGGAAAUCGACCCUAAGAAGAGAGUCAUUUUGUUUGUCGGUGAUGGUUCCUUGCAGUUGACUGUCCAGGAGAUCUCCACCAUGGUCAAGUGGGAGACCACCCCAUACUUGUUUGUGUUGAAUAACGAUGGUUACACCAUCGAGAGAUUGAUCCACGGCGAGACUGCCACCUACAACGACAUCCAGCCAUGGGACAACUUGGGACUCUUGCCAUUGUUCAAGGCCCGUGAUUAUGAGACCAACCGUGUUGCCACUGUUGGUGAGAUCGAGGCCUUGUUCAACAACUCUGCAUUCAACGAGAACACUAAGAUCAGAAUGGUUGAGGUGAUGUUGCCUAGGAUGGAUGCUCCUCAGAAUUUGGUGAAGCAGGCCGAGUUCUCUUCCAAGACCAACUCUGAGAACUAA